CUCUCUCUCUCACUGUGGAUGCCUGACAUCUCAUGCACAGUGCCCCAUAAAGCAGAGCCACCGGCUACACCAUCAUUAUUGAUAUUUUCACCUCAAACCAUCUCUCUCUCUCUCCCCCCGUUUGCUCUUAAAAGCCUCACAUUUGAUGCUUUGUUUCUCAGUCUCCCAUGGCCUCCAACCUCGCCUCACCACCCUCCGCCCACGACCACUCUUCCUCCUCCAACAACACCACCUUCGUCCAAGCCGACCCGUCCAAUUUCCGCGCUGUCGUCCAGCACCUCACGGGCGCCUCUCCGGACUCCGCCUCCCCUAAACUCCCUGUCACCCUCCCUACACGCCUUGCCGCCCCCAGGCCCACCUCCGCCGACAUGGGUCCCCGGAGACCGCCCUUCAAACUCCACGAGCGAAGACAGAGCGUCAGAAAACUCGAGAUCAAGCUCGGCAACGCCAUUGCUCCAUCUUCAACAGCUCCAUCUCCUUCUUCUGCCAGGCAUAGAGGCUUUGUCGGGCUUGGUGGCGAGAUGAUGAUGGUGUCUCCGGUGUCGCCGUUGGAGCUGUUUAGUCCCAGGACCCCACGCUCGCCUGUGGAAGAGGAAGAAAGAGCCAUUGCCGAGAAGGGCUUCUACUUUCACCCCAGUCCACUCUCCACGCCUAGAACUUCUGAGCCUGAGCUUCUUCCUCUGUUUCCUCUCCAUUCACCCAGAGAUCAUUCUUCUUCUUCCUCUUAAAUUAUCAAAUUCUUGUUUCUCCAAGAUCAACCAAAUUCAAUUGUAUUUUUUUUUUUUUUUUUCAAUGAAAUUUCAUCACUUUCUCUGAGAAUGCUACGGCUUGUUCUUAUGGCUUG